AUGUCGAGGUUGCUCAACAUCCGACCUGUCCAUAACAUCCUCGACACCGAGAGGCUGCGGACCCUUUAUGAUGAGGUACAGACGGGGGUUCGGAGUCUCGAGGCAUUGGGUGUGGCGUCGAGCACUUACGGAGUGCUUUUAUUGACAGUCCUACGGAAGAACAUCCCGAAUGAGCUUUGCCUCGGUUACUUCAGACAAAAGACAACAUCUGCAGUCACGCCAGGAGAUGACCUUCAAGAUUUCCUCAGUUUCCUCAAGACCGAAGUAGAAAGUCGAGAGAGGGCCGAAUGUGGAACCCGUCAACAGCUGAGCACCGACAGGCUGAGUCGCCCGAUCCGCAAGGAUAUUCCUGAAAAGAAGGCGUCCGCGUCGGUUUUAACUGCCGUCAUGAAAGCUGAAACACUGUGCAAAUUUUGCGAAGCGAGCAGCCACUUAACCGCCGACUGUGAUGUUGAUUUGACUGCGGAUCAGAAGAGGACAAUUGUGCAGCGGGAAAGACUCUGCUUUAGGUGCGCCAAGGCAGGUCAUCGAGCAUACGAAUGCCGCACCUCAAGAUGGCUUAAAUGUAAGAGAUGUUCCGGCCGGCACGUUGCAGCCCUGUGUAACCUGAAUCGCCGACCAGCGACAGGAAAGUCGGAAGAGAAGACUGUACUCACUGAGACAAUCGUACAGUCUUCGCUGCAAGUCGAAGGCACCAAGAAGAGAACCCGUGUCCUUCUGCAGACGGCUCAAGCGUGGGUUCAGGGUAGGGAGAAGCGAGCGAUGGUCAGGCUGAUGAUUGACGGCGGAAGUCAGCGUACCUUUGUCAAGAAAGAGGUUUCACAGAAGAUGGGACUGCGUGUGAUGGGAGAGGAGACCCUGAAAAUAAUGACAUUUGGAAACGACAAGCCGUCUUCAGGAAUGAAGUGCCGCCGAGUGGAGUUAUGGCUGUGCAGUCGACACAACGAAAGAAAGAUCCGCGUUGAAGCGCUCGAGAUCACACAAAUCUGCGGCGACAUCGUGCCAGCACCUGAAGCGUACACCGUCAACUACCUCGAAGAGCAAGGCCUCGAACUCGCCGACAGUACGCAAGAUGGAGCAGAGAUAGGGCUGCUGCUGGGAUCCGAUUUCUACUGGGAGGUCACAACCGGUCGUGUCAGGCGCCUGGACAGCGGUCUCGUAGCCGUGGAGACCAUUUUUGGCUGGACCCUGCAGGGGACAACGCACACCACAGAAUCAACAGCAACGUACCGCAAAGAGAGAAGCAUAAAGGAAGGGGACAUUGUCCUACUCGGGGAAGAGAAGGUCCCGCGACAGAUGUGGAAGCUGUGCCGGGUUGUCGAGACGUUUCCUGGAAGGGACGGCCGAGUUCGAGCAUGCAAGAUUUCUCUGCCGGACCGAAAGCUGCUGAGACGACCGGUCCAAGCCCUCUACCCGCUUGAGCUAGGGGAGGAAUGA